UUUUAUAUUUAAAAUGCAGAUUACUCAAGUGUAUGGCUGUUAUGAUGAAUGUCUAAGGAAAUAUGGCACUGCAAAUAUUUGGAAGACUUUCACUGAUCUAUUUGAUUAUUUUCCAUUAACAGCAUUGGUCGAAUCUGAAAUUUUCUGUCUCCAUGGUGGGUUAUCUCCGGCAAUUGAAACCCUGGAUAACAUACGUAACUUUGACCGCGUUCAAGAAGUCCCACAUGAAGGUCCCAAUGAUCGAUGUGGUUGGGGCAUUUCUCCAAGGGGUGCUGGAUAUACUUUUGGCCAAGACAUAUCCGAGCAAUUUAACCGUAAAAACAAUUUGAAGCUUAUUGCCAGGGCACAUCAGCUAGUCAUGGAAGGAUUCAAUUGGGGUCAUGUAUGUACUUACUCUUUUAGUGCUGAUAUCAGAUUCGUGUAAUUCAUAUCAUUAACUCCUUCGAAAAUUU